AUGCGUGCAGCCGCGGAAAGUGCCUCUCACGCCUCAGCAGCAGGCGAUUCGUCGCAUGUUGUCGUGAAUCCUCCACGUGGUGAGUCAUCAAGUGCGACAGGUACAUCCGUUGCGUCUGCAGCGGGUACCUCGAAUCGUAAUCCAGACGUGUCUGAGAUAGAGCUCAUCUAUUCUGGCGAGUCGGAUGCAUCAUCCGACUUGAAGGCGACUCCUCACGCCUCGGGAUCACCCGAGGCGGACGCCGCAAAAGCCAGGCUGACUGGCUCUGGCCAGGGCGGCAGCAUCAUGACAGAUAUCUUCGGAUCGAGUGAUUACUCCGAUGAGUCUCCGUCUCACGCAAGUCCAUCCAAUGAUAGGACGCGUGGAGAUGGUGGUGAUGCACCUAUGCAUCACCACGAGCGAAGCAACUCAAGGGAUAGGGGUAACACUGGUGCCAGUGCUCAUGCUGGCACCAAUCAAGAGGCCAGGGACCGGAAUGUCCUGCGCCACGCUCCUCAAGUGGAGUCUCCGUGGAUGCCGCCAUCCAGAGAGUGGACCGGUUGGACGGCACGACUACCGAACGGGAUUACAUCCCUUUGUUCGAUUGUAAAAAGAUUUGCCCUCCUGAUUCCAGCACGGAAACUAUCCGUGCUGAGGAAGAAUUCUUCACCGAUGCGUUCUCAAACAUCGAUGGUGAAACGGUAG